AUUUCCAUAGUUAUGUACAAAAGUUGCAUAAAAAGACAGUGUGGAAAAAAAAAAAAAUCUCCAUUUUUCUCUCUCCAAAAACACUGAACAAGCUUGGUUCUGCGAACUGAAGCUCGCAGAACUCGCUUCAAUCUGCUAAACCCAUCUCAGGAAUUGUGCUGUUUACACCAGUGUUGACUCCAAAGUUUGUACCUUGUGCUGUGAAUUUCUGUACUUAAUUUAUUUUAUCUAGCAUUCCAUUGAUUUUUCUGAACAUAUCAGCAGCCUGAUACGUUGUUAGCCUCCUCUUUUGUUAUUACACAACUAGAAGGGAGUGUUUGUACUGCUUUAAGUUUGUACCAAUGGAUCACAAUUUAGGUCAAGACCCUGCACCUGCAGCUGGGUCCUUUGAUAAGUCUAGGGUUUUAAAUGUUAAGCCAUUGAGAACUCUUGUCCCUGUGUUUCCUUCACCAUCCAAUCCCUCUUCAUCUGCAACCCCACAAGGUGGUGCUCCUUUUGUUUGUGUUUCUCCUUCUGGUCCUUUCCCCUCUGGGGUUGCGCCGUUUUACCCUUUCUUCGUCUCCCCGGAGUCCCAGAGACUCUCUGAACAAAAUGCACAAACCCCAACUGCUCAACGUGCUGCCCCAAUAUCUGCUGCAGUUCCAAUUAAUUCAUUCAGGACACCAACUGGGGCUACAAAUGGAGAUGUGGGUUCCUCGCGGAGGAAAAGUCGUGGCCAGUUACCAGAGGAUGAUAACUUUGUUGAUCUGAGUGAAGUUGAUGGAGAAGGUGGAACUGGAGAUGGGAAGAGGCGCAAGCCACAGAAGAGGAUAAGGGAAAAGCGCUGCUCUUCUGAUGUUGAUCCAGAUGCAGUGGCUAAUGAAAUUCUGAAAACAAUUAACCCUGGGGUUUUUGAAAUACUGAAUCAACCUGAUGGUAGCAGGGACGCCGUUGCUUAUACGCUUAUGAUAUAUGAAGUGAUGAGGAGGAAGCUUGGACAAAUUGACGAGAAAGCAAAGGGAUCCCAUUCUGGAGCAAAGCGCCCUGAUCUAAAGGCUGGUACACUUAUGAAUACCAAAGGGAUUCGGGCUAACAGCAGGAAGAGAAUUGGAGUUGUUCCUGGUGUCGAGGUUGGGGAUAUUUUCUUCUUCCGAUUUGAGUUGUGCUUGGUGGGGUUGCAUGCUCCUUCUAUGGCUGGAAUUGAUUACUUGGGCACCAAAGUCAGUCAAGAAGAAGAGCCAUUAGCUGUCAGUAUUGUAUCUUCUGGAGGGUAUGAAGAUAAUGUGGAGGAUGGCGAUGUGCUGAUUUACAGUGGACAAGGUGGGACUAGCCGUGAAAAGGGAGCAAGUGAUCAAAAGCUUGAAAGGGGUAAUCUUGCUUUGGAGAGGAGCCUGCACAGAGGUAAUGAUGUGAGAGUAAUUAGGGGUAUGAGGGAUGAAGCACAUCCAACUGGGAAGGUAUAUGUCUAUGAUGGUCUUUACAAGAUUCAGAAUUCAUGGGUGGAGAAAGCGAAAUCUGGUUUCAAUGUGUUCAAAUACAAAUUAGUCAGAUUGCCUGGGCAGCCCCAAGCAUACAUGAUAUGGAAAUCCAUUCUACAAUGGACUGAUAAGUCUGCUUCAAGAGUGGGGGUUAUAUUGCCCGACCUUACGUCUGGGGCUGAAAAGUUACCUGUUUGUCUUGUGAAUGAUGUUGACAACGAGAAGGGCCCUGCAUAUUUCACUUACAGCCCUACUCUCAAGAAUCUGAAUCGAUUAGCUCCUGUGGAGUCUUCUGAGGGAUGCACUUGUAAUGGUGGAUGUCAACCUGGCAGUCAUAAAUGUGGUUGCACUCAAAAGAAUGGAGGUUAUCUCCCAUAUUCUGCAGCUGGGUUGCUUGCGGAUUUAAAAUCCGUGGUAUAUGAGUGCGGUCCUUCCUGUCAUUGCCCUCCUAGUUGCCGAAAUCGUGUUUCCCAAGGUGGCUUGAAACUUCGUCUGGAGGUGUUUAGAACAAAAGGUAAAGGUUGGGGUCUAAGGUCAUGGGACCCUAUUCGUGCUGGAACGUUCAUAUGUGAGUAUGCAGGGGAAGUCAUAGAUAAUGCUAGAGUGGAGGAGCUCAGCGGUGAGAAUGAAGAUGACUACAUCUUUGAUUCUACCCGCAUUUAUCAGCAACUGGAAGUUUUUUCCAGUGACGUUGAAGCUCCGAAGAUCCCAUCUCCCCUUUACAUAACAGCAAGGAAUGAAGGGAACGUUGCUCGGUUUAUGAAUCACAGCUGCACUCCAAAUGUGUUAUGGCGUCCAGUCGUACGUGAAAACAAGAAUGAAGCAGACCUCCAUGUUGCUUUCUAUGCAAUCAGACAUAUCCCUCCGAUGAUGGAAUUAACUUAUGAUUAUGGGAUAGUUCUUCCUCUCAAAGUAGGUCAGAAGAAAAAGAAAUGCUUGUGUGGAUCUGUCAAAUGCAGGGGUUACUUUUGCUAAAUUUUCUGAUGCGGUUUGGAUGAGGUGGCCCCUAAAUGAUAACUUAAGGAUAAGCUCUAGCUAUGGCAGACAGCAGGAUGGGAUUAUUUAGAAAGAUGUUAGAAGACCAACUUUACAUUUUGAAAACUCUAGUGAAUUGGCCCUAGAAAGACCAGAUUUUGUACUUACUAAUGUGGGUAAGAUAUAAAAGUUAACUGUAAGACGUGUUGUGUAUUUUGUUUCAGAUUCGGCUGUUUGCUAGCUGUUUUGGUUUUUGGAUAUUCGGAAGGGUUUUUCAGCGGGGCCUUUAGUCCAUAUGAUAAGAAUGAACUAGACUUGUAGAAUUAAUGUUUAGUUUGUUGCCAUCAUUUCCAAAAAAUCAUCCUGGGAUA